CGGGCUCUGGCGGAUUAAGCAGGGGCUCAGGGCUUAUGUCCCGCACUGGCCACUGCACAGGCCUGGGGGAGGACGGAGGGACUCGUCUACGUGGGCCGCAGGAGGUCCCCCGAGGCCAGCGAGGCUGCGCUGUUGGUGGCAGGAGCCCCCGCCCAGGGCAUUGGACAAGCGUCGAGGGCGAGGCGCCCGGCAGUGAGACUGGCACGUCACUGGACAGCCCGUCGGCCUACCACCAGGGCCCCUUAGCGCCCAGUGCCAGCCUGAGCCCAGACCACUACGAGCACACCUCGGCAGGAGCCUAUGGGCUGUACUCGGGGCCGCCAGGGCAGCGCGCGCGGAGGCCCAAGCUGCAGCACUCGACCUCCAUCCUACGCAAGCAGGCUGAGGAGGAGGCCAUCAAGCGCUCACGGUCGCUCUCUGAGAGCUAUGAGCUCUCCUCGGACCUGCAGGACAAGCAGGUGGAGAUGCUAGAACGGAAGUAUGGGGGACGCCUCGUGACCCGCCAUGCGGCCCGCACCAUCCAGACGGCCUUCCGCCAGUACCAGAUGAACAAGAACUUCGAGCGCCUGCGCAGCUCCAUGUCGGAGAACCGUAUGUCGCGCCGGAUCGUGCUGUCCAACAUGAGGAUGCAGUUCUCCUUCGAGGGGCCUGAGAAGCUGCACAGCUCCUACUUCGAGGGGAAGCAGGUCUCCGUGACAGGUGAUGGCUCUCAGUUGGGGGCCCUGGUGCCAUCUGAGUGUGGCGAUCUUGGCGAGCCACCCGCUCUCAAGUCUCCAGCCCCCUCCAGCGACUUUGCGGAUGCCAUCACAGAGCUGGAGGACGCCUUCUCCCGGCAGGUGAAAUCGCUGGCCGAGUCUAUCGACGAUGCGCUCAACUGCCGCAGCCUGCACGCCGAGGAGGCGCCAGCCCCCGACGCGGGGCGGGCCCGGGACGCCGAGCCCAAGCCGGCCCUGCAUGGCGUGGACCACCGCAAACUGGACGAGAUGACGGCCUCGUACAGCGAUGUCACCCUGUACAUCGACGAGGAGGAGCUGUCGCCACCACUGCCCCUCUCACAGGCAGGGCACCGCCCAUCCAGUGCCGAGUCGGACCUGCGGCUGCGGGCUGGGGGCACCGCCCAGGACUACUGGGCCCUGGCUCACAAGGACGACAAGGGGGACACGGACACGAGCUGCCGGAGCACACCAUCGCUUGAGCGGCAGGAGCAGCGGCUGCGGGUGGAACACCUCCCACUGCUCACUAUCGAGCCGCCCAGCGACAGCUCCGUGGACCUCAGUGACCGCUCGGACCGCGGCUCGCUCAAGAGGCAGAGCGCCUAUGAGCGCAGCCUCGGCGGGCAGCAGGGCAGUCCCAAGCACGGCUCCCAUGGUGGCCCCCCCAAGGGCCUGCCCCGGGAGGAGCCGGAGUUGCGGCCCCGGCCCCCCAGGCCCCUCGACAGCCAUCUGGCCAUCAAUGGCUCAGCCAACAGGCAGAGCAAGUCCGAGUCGGACUACUCAGAUGGGGACAAUGACAGUAUCAACAGCACGUCCAACUCCAACGACACCAUCAACUGCAGCUCUGAGUCGUCGUCCCGUGACAGCCUGCGGGAGCAGACGCUCAGCAAGCAGACCUACCACAAGGAGACCCGCAACAGCUGGGACUCCCCCGCCUUCAGCAACGAUGUAAUUCGCAAGAGGCACUAUCGCAUUGGCCUCAACCUCUUCAACAAGAAGCCUGAGAAGGGCGUCCAGUACCUCAUUGAGCGUGGCUUUGUGCCCGACACGCCCGUGGGGGUGGCUCACUUCCUGCUGCAGCGCAAGGGCCUCAGCCGGCAGAUGAUUGGCGAGUUCCUGGGCAACCGGCAGAAGCAGUUCAACCGCGACGUGCUGGACUGCGUGGUAGACGAGAUGGACUUCUCUGCUAUGGAGCUGGACGAGGCCCUCAGGAAGUUCCAGGCGCACAUCCGGGUCCAGGGGGAGGCUCAGAAGGUGGAGCGGCUCAUCGAGGCGUUCAGUCAGCGGUACUGCAUCUGCAACCCUGGGGUGGUGCGGCAGUUCCGGAACCCGGACACCAUCUUCAUCCUGGCCUUCGCCAUCAUUCUGCUCAACACGGACAUGUACAGCCCUAACGUCAAGCCGGAGCGCAAGAUGAAGCUGGAAGACUUCGUCAAGAACCUCCGAGGGGUGGACGACGGCGAGGACAUUCCCCGGGAGAUGCUGAUUGGCAUCUAUGAGCGGAUCCGAAAGCGGGAGCUGAAGACCAAUGAGGACCAUGUGUCCCAGGUGCAGAAGGUGGAGAAGCUCAUUGUGGGGAAGAAGCCGAUUGGAUCCCUGCAUCACGGCCUGGGCUGCGUGCUCUCUCUGCCCCACCGGCGGCUGGUCUGCUACUGCCGGCUCUUCGAGGUUCCCGACCCAAACAAGCCCCAGAAACUCGGGCUGCACCAGCGAGAAAUCUUCCUGUUCAACGACCUCCUGGUGGUCACCAAGAUCUUCCAGAAGAAGAAGAACUCGGUGACGUACAGCUUCCGGCAGUCCUUCUCCCUGUACGGCAUGCAGGUCCUGCUCUUCGAGAACCAGUACUACCCCAAUGGCAUCCGGCUCACGUCUGCCGUCCCCGGAGCAGACAUCAAAGUGUUAAUAAACUUUAAUGCUCCCAAUCCUCAAGACAGGAAGAAAUUCACCGAUGAUCUGCGGGAGUCCAUUGCGGAGGUGCAAGAGAUGGAGAAGCACAGAAUAGAGUCGGAGCUCGAGAAGCAGAAGGGCGUUGUGCGGCCCAGCAUGUCCCAGUGCUCCAGCCUCAAAAAGGAGUCAGGCAACGGGACGCUGAGCCGGGCCUGCCUGGACGACAGCUACACCAGUGGCGAGGGCCUCAAGCGCAGCGCCCUCAGCAGCUCCCUGCGGGACCUCUCCGAAGCGGGGCAAGCCAGGCCGUGCUGACAGGUGUGUCCCGUGUACUCUGUGCUGCCACGUCCCUGUGUUUUAUGCUGAUGAAUGAAAUGGAGUGAAGCCCUCUAAACUGUCUGGAGAUGUCCUCUCCCGCUGCCCCUGGUCUUGCUUUCCCCGCACAGGUCUUCCUGGGAAGCCCGGGCCUCCGUCCAGCCCAGAGGCGAUGGCCACGGCUGGCUCUGGGAUGUCAGGGGAAAGCCCUGGCAGAAACUGUGGUUUUUGUUGCUGUUGUUUCUUUGUUUCUGUGUGUGUUUAAUUUGCUGCCAGCCUCUUAAACCCAAGCAAGCAGCACUCCUCAAGCCUCCCAGAUUUCCCGGGGCAAGGUGUCCCUGGAGCGUCAGGGAGCAGGGAGCUUCUGUGGGCAGCCUUCACUGGCCUGGUCCUCUCGGCUGGGGCAGGUGAAGGAGGGAAGCGUGGGAGCAGAACCAGCCAGAACCUGUGAGCCCUGUUCCAGCCUGCUUUGCCUACUGGCGCUGCCAGAGGAGCUGUGAAGUGAGGGGUGCACCCCAGCAGCCCCUUACUCCCCGCCCCAGUCGUGUCUAGCUUGUCAGCUUCUCCAGGGAGGAGGCUCAGGGGCUGCGAGGGAGCAGAGGUUUCAGGGCAUUGUUGCACAGUGUGUGCGUGGCUGGGCCGGCCCUGUGGGCUCCCAGGACCCUAGGCUCUACCUGCCCCGAGGCCCCGGGCGCCCCUCCCCAGGAGCCUGACACAUCCCCUGGUUGCUGGGGGACGAUCUCAGGCCAAGAUCGGCCUCCUCCCCUCCUAGGGGCUUGCCCACUCCACCCUGCCUCAGGCAUCACCGCGUGGCCAGCUCUGGGCUCCCCUAAGAGAGCAGCUCAUGACUCCAUCCCACACCUGCCCCGCCAGCAGCACUGCCUGCUCCCUUCGGCUUAUUCAUUUCUCAGAAAUUUUUUUUUCUCUUCUUUUUUUUUUUUUUUUGAGUUAAAUUUUUUCCUUUGCUUUUUUUGUCUUGUCUUUUUUUUUCAUAGUAAAAAUCAGCAAUCCAUCACCAGCAUGAGGGUUAACCAGGGUUUCUCAACCCCAGCACUGUUGACAUGUUGGGGCAGAUAAUUCCUUGCUCUGGGGACUGUCCUGUGCAUGAUGUUUAGCAGCAUCCCUGGCCUCUCCCCACAAGAUGCCAGUAAUACUCCCCAGUCAUGACCAUCGUUAGUGUCUCUAGAAAUUGCCAGGUGUCCUCAGUUGGCAAAAUUGCCGCUGGUUGAGAAGCACUGGUGUCCCCAUGGCUUGUUAAACCCAGAUAAGCUUAAGUGGACAGCUCUGGGCCUCUGCUGGCUGGGGUCGAGCCCGUGUUUGAGUUUGUGCAGUGGGGCAGGCUCUGGCCUCUCUGUCCCCUGAUGAAGCCCCUGGAGGGCCGGGGCCUGCCCUGUCCAGCCCCUCAGGGAGCAGUGGCUCUGUUGGAACCAAGGCUCUCAGCAUGGCCAGCCACACCCACUCCGGGUCCUGGUAGUCAGGACCUCAGCUCUCCACUCUCUGCCAGAGCUUAGGGGUCAGACAGACCCACAUGCGCAGGCCCACAGACAUGUGAGGGAUGGAGCUCCAAGGGUUGGUUGGUUGCCACUUACUGUUACUAUUGCCAUUGUCAUUUGGGGAUUCUGAGCUGAGAAGGACACCACGGAUUGAGUCUUCUCAGGGCCUGAAGCCACAAGGAAAAGAAUCCCCAGGAAAGAAAGCCCCCUGCACCCAGGGAGGUUGGAGGGCUAGGUGAGUCUAGCAGCUGCCAAGGCCCAGACUGGGGAUGGGCCACCUGCAACCUCCAGAGGCAGACAGGCGAAUGUCGGCAGGCUUCCCUGAAGAUUCUGGGCUUGGCAGCUGGAGACGUGAAAUUAUGUGCUCUCCAGAGGCAGCAUCACUCCCACCCCCCAUGGCCCUCACCAAGAAGAGCUUGUCAAGAAGAGGCAAGGCGUUGGGGGCAGCCUCUCCGCUCAGGAAAGCGGACACUCAGUGGUCGGCAUGUCAUCACUCUCAGAGCAGCUGCCCUGGCCUACAGUCACACACGCAUCCAGGAGACAGCACACAGGAACGUGGCCCCAGCCCGGCGUGAACCCUGGGCAUGGGAGAAGCAGUUGCAGUUUGCUGGGCCACGGGGAAGCCCAGCAGCAGAUGCCUCCAGGAGCCCCUGACGUUCCAGAGCUAGAGGGAGGGGCCUGACCUCCAGCUCCAGCUCCCGGCUCAGCUUCCAGGCCUUGCCUUCUGUCUCUCCACGUGGCCUUCCUUUGGCCAGGGCCCCAGGCUCAUUUCAGUGGCACCAGAGCCCUGCUGGCCAGAAAUCAAGGACCUGCAGGAACCGUGACCAGAGGCGUGACUGGGCCUUAGUCCCUUUCCCAGAUCAGUCAAGUCCUGGUGCACACUGUCCAUGGGUCUCUGAGUCCACAGCAGUCCCCACAGAGAGAACGUCUCCCAGGGGCUAAAAGACCUGUCUGCACCUGUCAUCGGCCCAGGGGGAGACCUGCUGGGUCCUGCACCAGGGCCACCCUCUCUGGGGAGAGUUGGCAGCUCUUGGCGGCCAGUUUCCAAAGCGGCACCUGCUACCCAAGGACAGGCACUCUGCACAGGAAAUGCACUGGGGCCACACUCAGGAUGGCCACCGAAGCAGAACCCAGCAGAGGGCACACAGCACAUGGGUUCUGGAGUCACAUCCAUGAGAUCAUCUCCCCUCCACCUGCCACUCGUGAGCUGUCAGGCUCUGGACAAGUUAUAUCUCUGGGCCUCAGUUUCCCCAUCUGCAAGGUGGGGACUAGUACUGCACUCCAAGAAUCUCUGUGAGAGUCAACGCCUGCAAAGCAUUCAGAGCAAGGCCUGGCACAGCGUGCGUGGCUGUUGUCGCUGAGUGGGUGCCCCUCAGCCCCUAGCCUUGCUAAGGGCCAAAGCAAGACCUCUGGGCAGAGAGCCCUGCCUGGAUCCUGUCCUGACGCUGAGAGCAGGGGAAGGCUGUGAAGAACCGUGCCAGGAGCCCCUUCCACACAUGGUCCUGAUCCCAGCCGUGGCGGGCUGGCAGGGCCUGGUCUGGCUCUAGGAGAGGCUGGUACAGGAUCCGGGGGGGGGGGGAGGUACCUGGACGGAGAGUGCAGUGAGGGGUGCGUGGCCACAUGGGCACGAGCCCCUGUUCCGGCAUGCUCCGCCUCCAUGAGUAGAUGGUGUGUGCUUGUGUGCACAUGUGCACACCUGGACGCGCGUCUGUAGUGGGCAGCUGUCUGUGGGUGUGCCUGGGGGCGGGGCUCUGGGACUGGAGCACAGAGCGCUCCUGUAGGGACACCCACGUCUCAUGCGGAUCUAGGAGGUUGGAAAGACGAAUUCUAAGAAGCUCAGCGUCAUUCAAAGACAUCCAAGUUAACGCUCUCCUAGAAAAGCCAAACUCUUAAGUCUUGGCCCAAACUGGGGAGGGGAGGGGAGGAGGGUCUUGUUCAACUCCCGGUCAGCACCGUCUGAAGCCCCAGACCUAGCUCCAGGCCUGGCCCAAGUCCUUUCGGCAGCAGCAGGAGACUGGCAUGUGCUGCUGGGCGCUGGCGGAGCAGGCUGUCUUUCCUCCGUCUCUGGUGUUUAGUCAGUCAGAGGAGUCCCCAGGCCUAAGAGGGGCCAGAGAGCAAUUUAAAAACCCCAAAGACAGCAGACGUCUGGGCUUAGCACUUCCACGUGGUACUGCAGCAUCCUGAGUAUCUGAUGCUUGUGGCCACCCCAGGAGGGAGGCAUGCCCAUUUCACAGAUGCAGAAACGGCCAUAAAGAAUCCAAGGAGUGGGGCCGGCCCCAUUGCCAAGUGGUUAGGUUCGCAGGGUUUCGCCAGUUGGGAUCCUGGGCAUGGACAUGGCACCGCUCGUCAGGCCACGCUGAGGCGGCGUCCCACACAGCAGAGCCAGAAGGACCCACAACUAGGUAGGAUAUACACCUGUGUACUGGGGGCUUUGGGAGAAGAAGGGGGAAAAAUGCAUGAAAUCUUAGGAAAAUCACAAUUAAAUUAAAAAGGAAAAAAGAAUCGAAGGAGUGCCAGAUGAGGUCACCCCCCCAGCCAAAGACCCUAGGGAGGCUAGACUCUAACUCUCUCUGUCUUCCUGGCCACUGUGUUGAGGCAGAAGACAGGAAGGGAAGACGGUCAGCCCCUCUUCUCGCACGUGAGGAAAUGUGACCCUCAUCUCUUCCGGCUGGGAACAAGCCAGGCCCUGCUGGUUCUCCUGGUCCUCAGCAGCUGGUAGAAAAUGCUCUUGCCCACGUCCACUGUGUGGCCCUGUCCUGAAUGACCUCUGAGACCCUCUCCCACAUGCCAGAGUCCAGCAAGGCCUUCUCUGGAAUCGAGACUCCCAGCUGGAACCCAGGGUUGGGAUCAGCAGGCAAGGCAAAGGGACCAGACCUCCCUCAAACCUGCUGUUGUAUGCCCAGGACCAAGGCCCUGUCCCAGGCGUGGCCCAGCAUGCUCAGGUGCCACCGUGAGGCUCAGAGGACCCACAGACACCCUCUCCACCCAAUGUGGGGCUGGGGUGUGGGCCACAGGGAGGCACAUGGCAGUCUCCAUCUUCCAGGCUCCUGGGCCUGGCUUGGGGCCAGCUCAGAAAGCAGCAUGGCCAAGAUUUCCAGCCUCAGAGUUGGAUGGACAGACCUGGGUGUGAACUCUGCUGACUGUGGGAAUUGAGCCAGUCAGUCCAUCAGCCAGGGUCUCCAUCUUUUCUUCCUUGGCAUGGACAGAGGGACACCUGUCCUGCAUUAUUGCAGGGCUUGACCAAGAACUGGCAUGGUGCUCAGCUCAUGGCCAGGGCUGCACAAAUGGAAGGCUAGAGAACGUCAAGAGGGAAAGCCUUUCUCUGCCCCCUCUUCACAUCCAUGUUCUCAGAGCGCUGGCCGGAGACCAGACCCCUAAGCUUGGGCAACAUCAUUCCCACUGGCGUCAAUGUCCUGCAGAAAUCCAUGGAGAAUCCUCUGGAGGGACUGUGGAGGCCUGGCUGGGCCCUGGGCAUCCAGGACCAAGAGAAAGACUCAGCCUUCUUCUGACAGCCAACACAUAUUGCGUGCCUACUGUGUGCACUAGGGACAUAAGAAGGCCUGGGCAGGGAGUCCUCACAGCUGAGGGAGUGCUUGUGGCAUCCAGAGGGGUGAGCCCACAGAGGGGAGGCAGGACUUCAGGCCCUGGGCGGAGGGAGGCCUCCCAGCAGCCCCCAGCCCUGUCUGCUGUGCCGGCCAGGGCACUGCACAAACCAAACUCCAGGCCCCAGAGGCACAGGCACAUCUGAUCCACCAAGGAGAAAAGUUUGGGGUGCAAGGUUCGGUUUCCUCCUAAGCACCAGUCCCACCCCGCCAGGAGCGGGAGGUGUGUAUGUCUGUACGUAUGUGUGUCUGCGUGUAUGCAUACGUAUAUGAAAUCCACUGAAAGCCAGGCCUGCAGGACCUCAUUUUGUUUGUUUUCAGCUGUUGGAGAAGCUGCCCUCACCCUGUCCCCUGUCAGCAGAUGGCUGAGGCCUGCUUGGUCUCCGGGUGUCGGGCCCCACCUGUGCCACCUGCCCCAGCCCCCGGAGGCCCCUCCCCACAGACUGCCCAUCCAGGAGAAGGGGUAUAAACUUGGGGCUGGUUGAAAAAGAAUCUUUUUUUUGCUUUUUGCUUAUUAAAAGCCCCCUUUUUUGUUUUUUGUUUUUUGUUUUUAACUCAUUUCUGCCCUGCCACCGGCUUCCCCACUGAGCCCUUCCUCCGACCCUCACACCUGGGCCUGCAGCAGGUGGGCCCCACACCUGAGCCUGGUGGCGGUGGCGGCCCAGUGCCCGGCAGGCAGCGCCGUGGCCUCGUGUCUGUGUCUAACCUCUGGUAUU